AGAUGGUGCGGAAUUUGUAACGAUACAGAUGUUUGCUGAUUUUGUCGGUUGGCUGUAACAAAACGCACACUUUUAUAAGAUUACACAUCAAGGACUAGGCAUGACCUCAGAGCGUGAGUCUCCAGAAGAGUGAGUGUGAAUGGAGUGACUGGAGUAAUGGACAGCCAGUGCAGCAGCAGUGUGGGCUCCAGGGCCAAUUUAGGGGGUUUGGGCAACAUUAACUCCACUCCCAUUUCUGCUCGCGUCGAGUCCUAUGAAGCAGGAGAGAAGAAGGGCAUCUCUGAUGUCCGAAGAACCUUUUGCUUAUUCGUGACCUUUGACCUAUUGUUCGUCACCUUGCUGUGGAUUAUUGAGCUCAAUGUCAAUGGAGGUAUACAGCAGCAGCUGGAGCAAGAGGUGUUGAAGUAUGAUUACCACAAGUCUUUUUUUGACAUAUUUCUAUUGGCUGUGUUCCGCUUUGCAGCCCUGAUUCUGGCGUAUGCGGUCUGUAAGCUGCGUCACUGGUGGGCCAUUGCGAUAACUACAGCAAUCACCACUGGUUUCUUAAUAGUGAAAGUAGUUGUGUCAAAGCUGCUCUCUCAGGGGGCGUUUGGGUAUUUGUUACCCAUCAUCUCCUUCAUUCUGGCGUGGAUUGAAACGUGGCUGCUGGACUUUAAAGUCCUUCCUCAGGAGGCCGGUGAUGAAAUCAGGUAUCUUUCAGUGCAGAAUCGGCUGGAACAUGAACCUCUUUUACCGCCGGGACCCCUUUCUGAGGGCCUGUUUUACUCUCCUCCAGAAUCUUUAGCCGACUCAGAUGAAGAUCUUAAUGAUAAGCAUGAUCUUGAGAAGCCCAUCGUCUAGCAGGUGCUAAGGGUUAAACAGCGACCUCUGGCCUCUUCCAAACUGUGUGUCUUAAAAAGGGUUUGUGCGUGUGUGUUUGUUUGACCAGAACUAGACAGUUACUCUGCCUUACAUACACCAUCGCCAUCAACAGCAGUUUUAUUUAUCCGUGUCUACAUGAACACAAAAGAUCAUAGUGCAAUCUUUUUUAUAUAUGUUUGUCAAUAGUUCUCCUCAAAAAACGAACAUUAUACAUUUACCCAAAGUUAAGUUUCAAUUCUGUUUUGAUGUUCUUUUAGAUAUUUUCAAUAAUUGUCAAUUAAAAACUGUUAUAGGAAAAAAAAUAACAUGGAAGUCAAUAGCUACCGUCAACAACAACAUCACAUCUUCUUCCAUGUUCAACAGUGAAUACAGAUUUGGAACUUUUGUAAUACAUAAUGGCCUAAAGUUCAAUUUUAGGUGAACUUUAGCUUUGAAUGGGUUGUUCACCAAAAAUGAAAAUUUCCUUUUCAUUUAUUCAAUCUCAAGUUUUGUUUUGUUUCUGAAGAAAAGCAGCCAUGGACAUCCAUAGCAGGAACCAAAAAAAUACUAUGAAAGCCAAUGGCAUCAUUCUUCAAUAUAUCUUCCUCUGUGUUCAACGGAAGAAACUCAAGCAUGUUUGAAACAAUUCAUGAUGAGUUGAUGAUUAUGGAAUUUUCAUUUUUUGGUGAACUAUCCCUUUUAAUAGUCCCCACUAAACAAAUGUCUGCUCUGUUUAUGCAGUAUCGCUUGAAAAAUGAAGGAUUUUAAUGUGUGUUUUGAACUUGUUUGGCAAAAGAUAUCAGUGUUGAACACAACAUUUUGCUUGACACUCUUCAACUGCUUCUAUGAAACAUAACUGCUGUCUUACUUAUGUAUAUAUACAGUAAAGCCGCAGAUUAACACAUGGAUCUCACAUGCAUCACUGGAAAGGACCUAAAUGUGAAUAGCAGUAUAGUCUCAGGUCUGCACUGCCACUCAAAUGUCUAUGAGGAUUUUGUGGUUCUCUUUUUUUAAUGCUUUUUUUCUACAAGUUAAAUAUUUGAAGCAAACAGAAAGACAACAGAUGCUCGGUUCACUUGCAUGAAAUAAGUUUAUUAAAUGAAGAAUAUAUAUGGCUUGUAAUGAUGCAUGGAUAUGUAAUACAUUUUUAUAUUUGCCUUUUGCCUCUCUUCAGUAAGCAUCCCUGUGCAAAAUACAUAAUUAUACUUCUGGUUGCGUUUACAUGUGCCAAGUUUACUGAAUAAGGGCUUCUGAAUCUGCAUUGCAAAAAAAAACUAGGAUUUCUAAUGCAUUAAAAAUAGUUGCUUUCAUUUUUAAUUUAAAGACUUUACAAGUCUUUUCAACUUGCAUUACAGUAACCCGAGUUAAAGCAUCAAGUGAGAUCUUGUAUAACUUAAAAAAAUAAUCAUUUUUAAAGGGAUAGUUCACACAAAACUAAUCAAAAUUAGUUAGUGGCUGCCUUUUUCUAACAUUUUUCUGAAUAUUUAGGUUUUUUUAAUGUAAAUGUGGUAAAUGAUGAUGACAUUUUUAUUUUUUGGUGAACGUCAAUAAAAUAAAGUAAAAAAAAAA